AUGCAGACUUCUCAACUACUGCAUCUUUGUUUUUUCCUUUCCUUAAUAUUAUCGUCCCUCCCCUUCAUAGCCUAUUCUUCGUCGUCGUCGGACACUUUUCCUUUGCCGCCGGUAAUCAGCCUGGACGGGAAGGAGCUCAAGCUUGGCAAGCCCUACUACAUAUUCUCCACGAUUUUCCCGAAACGAGAUGGGCUGUGUCUUGUGGACAACGUCAAAUGCCCCGAGGACAUCAUCGAAUGCCCAUACUUCUACGACACCUCUAGCUAUUUUCCCGUCACCUUCUCCGCCGCCAACGUGACGACGGAGGACACCGUGGUUCGAGAAGACACUCCGUACCGCAUUGAGUUCACCAUCCCCGGCGCCACCACCUGCGCCACCGCAAAAUACUGGUACAUAAAGGAUGUCGGAGACUCGCUCAGGGAGUUCGUCGCAAUAGGUCCCAAAACUGCCGCCGUCGAGUUCCAAAUCAAGAAAGUGAACCUGGGCUACAAGAUUAUGUACUGCAUACUACUUCCAAUCCCGCCUACUCCCAUUUGCUACGACGUUGGGUUCUAUAAGGAAAACGGAUUUAAUCGUUUGGGUUUCGGGGUGGGUAUAGAUGCCGUCCAAUUUUUCUUCGCCGGUAAUCUCUCUUCCAUCUCCACCGCCUCCUUCCUCAACCUAGCCAUCCCCAUGUUCUAG